CCACCUUCAGCUCAAACCCGGCCUCGUCGCGCCAUGUGUGUGGCGACCAGGCGCGCGGGCUGCUGCCACCCUAUUUAAACAGAGGCUAUGAGACCAGGAGGAGCAACGGAGGUCCACCGAGAUCACUCAGGAGGCAGAGAGACGGGGGACGGGGGAGGAGGGGGAGGAAGAAGAAGAAAGGGGAGAAGAAGAAGGAGAUGCUCUUGGCGCCCCCGCCACCAUCGCAGCAUCAGGGAUAAGUCGCGGGAGAGUUGUAGUUGAGUUGCAAAACAUCCCCCCUUUUUUAAAAAGAAAAAGCAACACAUUCCCUGCUAGUCAUCAAGACGAGAGGGGGAGAGAGAAAAGACGAGGCGCUCCUUGUUGCUGGAUCCAUACAAACUUUGCAGGGUUUGCUUGGGGUUUUUUUCCCCUGGCGCGCACUCUUCUCGCAUCUUUGGGUACGUAGUUCCCGUGCAUUCAGGAGUGCUUUCCCACCCCUCUCCGAGUUCUUUUUUUCCUUUUGCGUCGCAACCAUGCCGUCCUUUUUCUUCCUCGGCUGCUUUUCUUGCAGCCUGAUGGCUUGGCUGCUCCUGGCCGGCGGCAGCAGCAGCAGCCACCCGGGCGUGCAGGAGGCGGAGGAGGAGGCGGAGGAGAAAGCGCUGCGGGUGCUGGUGCUUCUCCCCAAGGACAACGCGUACCUGUUUUCCCUGGCGCGGGUCAAGCCGGCCGUCGAGUACGCGGUGCGGCGCCUGGAGGCGAACGGGACGCUCCUGCCGGCGGGCUACAAGUUCCGGCUCUUCUACAACGACUCGGAUUGCGGCAACGGGGCGUUGUUCAGCCUGGUGGACAUGGUGGCUUUGAGCGGCCAGUGGCCGGACCUGCUGCUGGGCCCCGUGUGCGAGUACGCGGCCGCGCCCGUGGCGCGCCUGGCCUCGCACUGGAACCUGCCCAUGAUCUCGGCCGGCGCCUUGGCCGCCGGCUUCGGCACCAAGACGGGCGAGUACUCGCACCUGACCCGGGUGUCUCCGGGCUACGCCAAGAUGGGCGAGAUGUUCCUGGCGCUCUUCCGCCACCACAACUGGAACCGGGUGCUGCUGGUCUACCACGAAGACAAGGAGCAGCGCAGCUGCUUCUUCGCCGCCGAGGGCGUCCAUGUGGUCUUCCGCGACGCCGGCUUCCACCUGGACGACUUCGCCUUCGACGAGAGCGCCAAGUACGCCGAGGACGUGGUGCGCGCCAUCCAGGGCGGCGAGAAAGUUGUGAUCAUGUGUGCCAGCAGUGACGCAAUAAGGAACAUCAUGUUGGCUGCACAUCGGCAAGGAAUGACCAAUGGAGACUAUGCUUUCUUCAGUAUUGAACUCUUCAACAGUUCAUCAUAUGGUAAUGGCUCAUGGAAGAGAGGAGACAAAUACGACCUUGAAGCAAAGCAGGCGUACUCAUCCCUCCAGACAGUCACACUACUGAGGACAGUGAAACCUGAAUUUGAGAAGUUUGCCAUGGAGGUGAAAAGUUCUGUACAGAAACAAGGAAUCCAUGAUGAUGAUUACGUUAACAUGUUUGUGGAAGGAUUCCAUGAUGCUAUUAUCCUCUAUGUUCUGGCUUUACGGGAAGUUUUGAAGAAUGGCUUCACUAAGAAAGAUGGAGAAAAGAUUGUCCAUCAGACAUGGAAUAGGACAUACGAAGGCAUUGCAGGGCCAGUAUCCAUAGAUGCCAAUGGAGAAAGAUAUGGAGAUUUUUCUGUGAUUGCAAUGACUGAUCCAGAAACUGGAAUGCAGCAGGUUAUUUGGAACUAUUAUGGAAAGCACGGACGGCUUGAAAUGCUUCCAAAUGUAAAUUACCCCUGGAAGCUCAAAGCAAGAACAGAUGACAGCCGAGGUUUGGAACACCCAAGCAACACACCCUGCAAAUCAUCAGGUGGUCUAGGAGAGUCAGCAGUUACAGGAAUUGUUGUGGGUGCCUUGCUAGGAGCAGGAUUGUUGAUGGCUUUCUACUUUUUCAGAAAAAAAUACAAAAUAACUAUUGAGAGGCGAAGUCAACUGGAAGAAUACAACAUCGGCAAGCACUGGCAAUUACGAGAGGACUCUAUAAGGUCUCACUUUUCUGCUGCAUGAAGUAAGGAGAAACAAACUGUUUUUGUGUGUGUGCGGAGGAAAUCUGUCGACAAAUGGACACUACCAAAGACAGCAACAGAAAAGAAGAAGCUUAUUAAGGACUCAGCAUUUUAAAAGUAGAGUAACUCUGUCUUAAUUUCUUUCAGAAACUCAGGAAUGAUUUACUAGCCACAUUAUUCCACGUGGCCUUUUUAUCUUGUGGAAAAGAAAAUGACAAAAGAACAAGUGUGUCCCCCACCCCCCGCCAAGAUGGUUUUGACACUUGGUGUGUAUCCAAGACAAGUCGCUGUGGUCAGCCAUUUUGUUUCUUGGAAAUGUGAAGGUUCUUUCAGCGGACCUUCAUUAGCUGUACCUCAUACCAGAUUAUAAAAGGAAUGUGUUUUCAAAGACACAGGUGCUGCUUUUUAGUAUUGUUCAGCAUUGAAUAGUGGAGAUUAGAAUCGAGCAAAGGAAGUGUGAGGUAGUACAAAACAAUACAAUUUAUGGGAAAGGAGCAAAAGCAUCUUUAGAGAACAGAAGAAAUCCCAAGGCAGUGGAAAGAUAGUGUUUGGUUCUGAGGACCUACUUACACAACAAAUUAGUUUUGGAUAUCAUUCCAAUAGCAUUCCCUGUGAAAGGAUUCCUUUGCAAAUAUGUUGUGUAUUGGUCUAAACAGAACAACUUCUUGCCUGUGUUCCUGGGGAUGUUUGGGUUUAAGAGAACUUCCAUUUACAUGGCAUUUUUGUUUCAAGAAAGCUCCCUCCUCUGUAUCAUUUUCAUGACCUAUAUAUGGAUUCUGCAGGGUUCCUGUCAUAGAGAUCACUGUAGGAUUAUACAUUCACUGGUUACAUGUCUCCUGCUUUUUAAUCUGUUGGGUGUUUCUUGUGUAAAAUAAACAUGAACCAUUUCCAGAAAAGAGGCAGGCCUGAUCUGCACAUAACGUGACACUAGGUAAAAGAACCCUGAGGUGGUAGAGUGGUCUUACAACUUCAGAAUACAGAUGAGUUGAGAGGAUGUGCCAUUUCUGAAUACUGUACUCCAAGUUAUUAAAA